AUGCCCAUCGAAAGUAAACUCUGUUGGCUCAUGCGCUUGAUCUCUCUAGAAGUCGACUAUCAAUGGGCAAACCUGUACGCGUGUCCCAAUAACACCAACCAAGCCUUCACCUGCGGCACAAGUGGCUGGGCCUCCUCCGUCUGCGAUGCAAAGCUGGGCCUGUACACCUGGGUCGACGAAAUUGUGUCUCUCGCGCAGAAUGGCAUUUCGACCUCGUCGUCGUCGUCGUCGUCCUCUGCUGUGGCGACAUUGUCGUCCCCCUCGCAGUCGACGACGACAACUACGACUCCUUUCUCCUCCGCCAAUUCCGCAGCAAGUGCCAACGCGACUGGAAAUUUGCAGCCGGAUAAGAAUGUUUUAACUCUAAGACUCGGAUUAGGGAUUGCAUUUGGGGUUCCGCUGGUAGCUAUCUCAGCGGCAUUCUGUGGUUGUUGUUUCGCAAACGGCGACAGUCGGUUAAUGCUCGGAUUUAACAGGCCGUCAGACAAUACCCAGCUGGAGCUCCCAGUAUGGCUCCUGCUUAUCGUUCGAAUGGAGUGA